UGCACAAUCAAUUCUUGUUCCGCCCUUUUAUCAGUCGUUACUCAACUGUAUUCCUCGUGACCACAAUCAAAGAGAGAGGUCGGAGCGAAGAAAAGUCGAAAGCGGAGAGCGCGUGAAAAAUUGAAUUGAAACCCCCAUCAUCGGCCUAAAGCAACGGGCCAAACACACUACACACUCACAGUUUGGCGCUCAAAAAGUCACUCAUUUCACUUUCUCGUCUCUCAUUUUCCCUAACUACACGCCAUCAUAUAUGGAUGGACUCCUUCUAACAGGGACGAUCAUUCUCUCUCUUGGCCGUCUCUCCCUGUUACUGACUUACUUCGGUAGUUUAAUUUUCUUCCCAUAGUUUUUAUUGGUUGGGUACGCAAUGGAGGAAAGAAAACUCAAUUUUAAUGCACCGCUCAUGUCUGUGAGGCGAUUUUCCAAGGCAUCUAGUUCUUUAGCUAAAGUGAAUGAAAAGAAAUCUGAGAAUUCCCAACUUAGUAGACGGAGUACCUUUCCGGUUUCUAGACCACAAUUCAAUUUAGAGCAAGUUACAGAACCAGUUGCAGUUCCCUUUCACUGGGAGCAUAUUCCAGGGAGAGCUAAGAAUGAUAGUGGCUCCGCCUCACCUGAGGUUCAGCUGCCUCAGCCUCCUGAAAGGACUUGUUCUACUCCAAGGCUUUCCUUUCGGAGGGCUGUGGAUGUUAAAAAUCAUAGUACGGAAAUGGAAGCUUGUCAUCAAGAUGGGCUUGAGGCAACUUCUUCUAAUGCCAUUGUCGUGAGAUUAGAGUCGAGCAAAGCUAGUGAUGCAAGGAACUUGGCAUCUGAGACUGAGAAUGAUGAUGACGACGACGACGACGAUGAUUUUUCUGAUGCACGUGAGACACUGUCCCUCACUGGUUCAUUCUCUAUUAACAACUGUAGUGUUAGUGGUCUAAGUGGAUACAAUGGUCCCAUGGUGAGACCAUCAGGAACAUUCCGAACAGAUCCUCAAACUCGAGAUUUCAUGAUGAACCGCUUCUUGCCUGCAGCCAAGGCAAUGGUUUUGGAGCCUGCUAGGUAUUCCUUAAAGAAGCAACUUGUAGCAGUUGAACAAUCUAGACAAGUUAAGAAGGUGACAUCUGAGAAUAGGAGGAUGUCUCCACUUCAACGACUCGACUCUACCCUCUUACUUCAGUAUCGAAAAGAUGAAGUACAUUUAGUAGAUGAAGUAGAUGAAGAGAGUGACUCUGUCUCUGUGGAUGAUGAAUAUGACAAUUCAGUUAAUAUAUCAGCUAGAGGUUGUGGUCUAAUACCCAAUAUAUGCUUCAAAAACUCUUUGGGCCUUCUUAAUCCUGUGCACGGAAUGAGAAGCAGAGCAAUGCACCACCUUUCACACAGCCAAAAAAUCAACAAGCAUGCUUGGGAGGCUGCUUACAAACAAAAACCAGAAGCUGCUGCUGGAUCACCUAAGCUGCCGGAGGUUAAAGAAAAGUGGGCUGGUGAAUCAAAACAUUUUCCUUCCUCGACCGACCGGCAAAUGAGAGGUAGGUCUUCGCCCUUCAGGUAUUCUAGGGCUGCUUCUCCUUUCCGGAAUGAAGCGCCACAGUCUCCUUGUAGGAAGCAUUCACUUGUAGUUCCUAAAGAAGUUGAGAUUAUCUCCAAAUCUAAAGGUGAUACUGACUUUCAUGAUACACCAUCCAUUCGAGCAACUAGACACGGGGUUGACAUGGAAAGUCCCCUAAUAGAGAAGACACUCUAUAUAGAUAUUGCAAGUGUUACUGAAACAAAUCCUCCAUUUAAUUCAACCCAUUUGGAUGAGGAGAAGAAAUUUGAUUGUCGUAGUGGGAAGAAUGAGAUAGCAUUUGAGAGCAGAGCAAUGGAAGAAAGUACCACUGUGGAGCCUUCUUUCCUAGAAGUAAAAUGCUUAACUCUGGUUGAAGAAGGGAGGCUGGAGCGUGAAGCUGCAGAAUCUAAAAGCAAAGAUGCUAUUGAUGAUGGCUCCAAAGUGGGAUAUUCUAAUGUGGGUACUGCUGAUGAAGAACAUUACUCCAAGACCAAUUAUCAGCUAGUCAAAGUAGAAGAUCCAAAAAGUGUCAAAGUGAUAUCUGCUCAACCUCCACCAUUACCAAAGUCUCCUUCCGAGUCUUGGCUGUGGCGUACACUGCCUUCAGUUUCCUCAAAAAGAUCAAAUCUUGGAAACAAGUUGUAUCAAAAGCCGCAGAGCCCAAGAACAUCAGCCAGUACCAAGUGGGAAACCAUUGUAAAAUCUUCGAAUUUGCGUCACGAUCACGUUCGCUACUCUGAGGAAUUAAUAUCUCGUGUUUCUCAGCAUUCAACAACAGAAAAUUUGAAGUAGUUGUCUGCAACACUCAGGUGGAUUAUAGAUUGAUUGAUUGGGUUUGUGUGAAAGUUUAUUAUAGAUCAGCAUGGUUUUGUACCUUUUCCUCUAAAAAUUUUGAAUAAGUUGGUGGGAGGAUCUGAGCUCUGCCCUUUUCCUUUUAUGUCUUCUGAUAUUUAUGUGAAGGCAUGCAUGGGCGUGGCCGAUGAAAUAUUCAUAUUCAUAUUCAUAGAAUGAACUCUGUAUAAUGCAGCCUAGGAAUCAAUAGAGCUGUUGUGACUGUGAGCUUAUUGCAUUGUAUAUUUGAAGUAAUGGGUGUAUUAAGUAGUUUACGUGAAUGAAAGUUUGUCAAUAAAUUGUCGCUUGAGCCCUCUUUAAAUUUGAGGGUUUC